GCUGAGGAGAAGCUGUGAUACUGUGAAACAGCGCUGAGAGCAGGGGGAUGCGCAUCUGAAAGCCUUGAAGAAGAAAAAGAAGAAGAAAUUAUGCAAGUCAGUGCUUUCCUCGCAACAACAUAGAACAAAACGAACCUUCACUCCAUCAGAACAUUUUUUAAGAGUUUGAAGCAAGCCCUGCUAUUCUUUCAGGUUGUCUUUGGGGAAUGCUGAAAAACUGCUGGAAACUUCUAUCUGAGAGUCUGCCGCCGUCCCCUCCUCUAGUACAAGAUGCCUGUGAUGAAGGGCCUCCUUGCUCCACAAAACACCUUCUUGGAAACCAUCGCAAACCACUUUGAUGGCACUCACAGUAACUUUCUACUGGGGAAUGCUCAGGGUCGCCAUGGUCACCCCAUCGUGUACUGCUCUGACGGGUUUUGUGAGCUGACCGGAUUUGUUCGGACCGAGGUGAUGCAGAAAACUUGCACCUGCCGCUUCCUCCAUGGAGCAGAGACCAAUGAGAGCGUGAUCCAGCAGUUAGACAAAGCUCUGGAGGGCCAGCAGGAGUACCAGGGAGAGGUCUGCUUCUAUAGGAAAAACGGAAUUCCAUUUUGGUGCCUCCUGGAUAUUGUGCCAAUUAAAAAUGAGAAAGGUGAGAUGGUGCUGUUCCUCUUGUCCUUCAAAGAUGUCAGUGAAUCAUACGGGAAGAGACAUCACUACAACCAAGGAGAUGGUAUGUCAGAGGACGCUCAGCAGAGCAGGAAAAGCAAUCGAUCGCACUUUUCUCAAGCUCACGAGAGGGGGAGGAAUAUUCUGCAGCACCUUAGCAACCUGUUCUCUAAGAGGGGCCAGAGGAAGCUGACCAAUAGUGUAUUUCAGAAACCGUCCCUGCCCGAGUACAAGGUGGCGGCUGUGAAAAAGUCCCGUUUGAUCCUGCUGCACUACAGCGUGUCCAAGGCCUUGUGGGACUGGCUCAUCCUGCUGGCCACCUUCUACGUGGCCGUGGCCGUGCCGUAUGACAUCUGCUUUGUUAGCCACGAUGAGGGCAGCAGCUACCAUUCCCUGGUCAGCCGUAGCACUAUGGGCAGUGACAUCGCAGUGGAGUUGCUCUUCAUCCUUGACAUAAUCCUAAAUUUUCGGACGACCUAUGUGAGUCAGUCCGGUCAGGUAGUGUACGACGCCCGCUCCAUCUUCCUCCAUUACUGCACCACUUGGUUCUUUGUGGAUCUGAUCGCGGCAUUACCCUUCGACCUUCUCUAUGCUUUCAACAUCACAGUGACCUCGCUGGUGCACUUGUUGAAGACAGUUCGUCUUCUGCGCCUGCUGCGCCUUCUUCAGAAGCUGGACCGAUACUCCCAGUACAGCGCGGUGGUCCUGACCCUGCUCAUGUCUGUGUUUGCUCUGCUGGCUCACUGGAUGGCUUGUGUCUGGUACAUCAUCGGACGAAAAGAGAUAGAAAGCAGUAACCCCGUAACCUGGGAAAUAGGCUGGCUUCAGGAGUUGGGAAAGCGUUUGGAGACACCAUACUUCAACCGCACCUUGGGGGGUCCCUCCAUUCCUAGCGCCUACAUCGCCUCUCUCUACUUCACCCUCAGUAGCCUCACCAGUGUCGGAUUUGGCAACGUGUGUGCCAAUACGGACGCUGAGAAGAUCUUCUCCAUCUGCAUAAUGCUCAUGGGUGCCUUGAUGCAUGCAGUGGUCUUCGGCAAUGUGACAGCCAUCAUCCAGCGCAUGUACUCACGGCGCUCUCUCUACCACACCCGGAUGAAAGAUCUGAAGGACUUCAACCGUGUGCAUCGGCUGCCUCAGCUGCUGAAGCAGAGGAUGCUGGAGUACUUUCAGGCAACCUGGUCCGUCAACAAUGGCAUCAACGCCAAUGAGCUGCUGCAUGACUUCCCAGAUGAACUGCGAGCUGACAUCGCCAUGCAUCUGAACAAGGACAUCCUGCAGCUGCCUGUGUUUGAGCGCGCCAGCAGAGGGUGCCUGCGCUCCCUGUCCCUGCAUGUCAAGACUUCUUUCUGUGCACCUGGGGAAUACCUCAUACGCCACGGAGAUGCCCUGCAGGCCAAUUAUUUUGUCUGCUCUGGCUCCCUGGAGGUUCUAAAAGAUGGCAUGGUUCUGGCCAUCCUGGGAAAAGGUGAUCUCAUUGGCUCUGACCUCCCAGAUCGUGACCAGGUGAUCAAGACCAAUGCAGACGUGAAGGCGCUGACCUACUGUGACCUGCAGUACAUCAGUGUUAAGGCUCUAAGGGAGGUCCUCUUGCUCUAUCCAGAGUACGGCAGCCGGUUCAGCUCUGACAUCAACAACAACCUCACCUACAACCUGAGAGAGGGCAGUGAAGCUGACGGUCAUGCUAUGGACCAUAAACUGCCCUAUAUUGUUGAGGCAGAUGAUGGUGACCGUGGAGAAGACGUGAGGCACUAUCAGCAGAGGAAAGUGCCCUUGUUAUAUGGAGCAGGCAGCCCUGUGCGUCAGCCCUGCCUCAGCACCAUGUUAGGGGAUGAGCUCCGCCACAUCAGUGCACUCCGCAACUGUGGCUCCCCUCUUCAGGGCGGUAGAAGCCACAGCCCCUUUCAUCAGUCAUUCACCAAUCAGGAGCUCUCUCCUUCUCCUGUGCCCAGUAUUGGCAGCGACCAGUCUUUGAACCAGCGGCCUGCCAAUCUACUAAUGCCAUCCUUGAGCUGUGUUAGCCCACCUAGCCUUAGCCCCAGGGUCGUGGAUGGAAUUGAGGACAAUGGUCACACAUUUCAAUUUAAUGUAGAACAGAGGGAGACAAAGACUAAUAUAACAGACCAGUUCCAAGUGAGUGCUCACCUGCUUCUGGAGACAGAGGAAGUGAGACAGAACAUCAGCAAACUGAACAAAGAGGUGAGCAACCUGAACCAUGAAGUGUCCAACCUGGCCAAGGAGCUCCAUGACAUAAUGCAUUUCCUACAGUCUCAUAUGUCCAUGCACCAUGCACCUCAUGCGUCUUAUGGCAUACAAAUGGUUCCCAGUCCUAGUGUGAGUGCUUCCAGCAACUGGCAGCCCCACGUCCCUUUAAAUAUUGCCACCAGUCUGCAUCUCCAUCAUGAAGCAAUUAGUCACCCUGCCAGAAAUGUGUUGGGCUGCAGUGGUAUCCCCUCUCUGGAUAGAAGUCCAACUUUGCAGUCUUCCAACCCUGUGUCCUCCUGUGUACACCUGUGCUGCUCUGACAGGGAAGGGGCCACAGCCCAUAUGUUACAGAGCCAGUGUGGCCCCUUUCAAACUUCAAGAAUAACUCCAAACUCUCCCUACACGACCCACCCACAUCCAUCCCUCCUAGGCCACAGCCCUUCCUUCAGUAGCUUCCCCGUGGUUUGUCAGGCUCCACAGGUCCAAUACAAUGCCUCUAUUACAACAAUGAGCAACACACACCCUCUGUGUUCCUCUGUGAAUUCUGGCUUCUCCCAUCCAUCUCUGGAUGUUCAAACCAACUCUGGUCCCACACAAAAUCAGACACCCAUCCAUUCCUCCAUGUAUAACACUGGCCGGCUGCAGUAUCACCCUACCUUCAGCACUCUCACUCCGUCAGUCCACACUUCAACAUGCACAGGGCACAGCCAGUGCCACCAGAGCUCUGUCAAUGGCCCAAGGCAAAAUGACCUAGUUGGAUCCAGCCCUACCCACCUCCCACAGGACCCUCCUUGUUCUCUGACGGGGCCGGAAACAGACAGAGACUGCAGAGCUUCACUGUACCAAGAGAGGACGAACAGUAUUGAAUCUCAGGAUAUGAGUUGCAGUUCUCCAACUGUAGAAGUUCAAUCACCUCUCUUGGAUGUAGAGGACAUAUAAAGCCCAUACUGGUGACCUCACCUCUUCUGUUAAUCUGUUAUAAUGAUGACUUAAUUUUUCCUUCAGAUACCAUCAAAUAAAAUGUUCCCUGCUGCUCCCUCCACCAAGACAUGCACCGCACACUUUCUCUUUAGGGUUCAAUGGUAUUUGGAUAUAUGUUAGCAGGUUCACUAGUAAAGCAUUAGCAAGAGAUACAAUUAUUGUACAUAUUUCAUAAAAUAAUUCAAGGUUACUCAGGCUCAAGUUAUGAUAUACAGGUAUGAGGCGCCACACAGUGGAGACAGUGUGUUACAAAAGGCUGAUCUCUUAUCACACAGCACAGAGGAAAAAACAAACUCGUUCUGAAACGGAUAAAUGGAAGAAAGGAGCACAACUGUACAUUUAAUGAGGAUUAUCACAAUAUUUUGCUCUGUACACUUUCAGAAGUGUGUUAUUUUGAUAAUAUUUUUUUGUACAGGUUUCUUUGCCUUUAUAGGAACACAUGUACUUAUCAGACCAGAGCUCGACUAUGCUGUAUGGGCUUUAAAAUAAUUUCAAUGUUAAAGGGAUAUUUAUUUAUCUUAUUUUAAUUCAUUUUUGGAAAAACUAUAAUGUAGUAAUGUAUUGUUUUAAACAAUACCAGUGUUUUUUCACAGCACUCCUUCAAAAAUUAAAACAUACUCCAGCAAGACUUUAUAGUAGCCUAUAUCGAGGAGGGGGCUAUGUAUACAAAUGUAUACAGUAUUUGAUUUAGGUGCUCCAGUAUUCAAGCAAGAUAAGGUUAUCAGGUCAAGAGAGUUGCAACUUUUUAUUGCCAAUUUAUGUCUAAAGCCUUGACGUCAUCAUUCCUGGGGGUGUGACAUUUUUUAUCCUGAUCAACAAUUUAGGCAACUGCAACUUUUGGUAAUAAUAAGACAAUUAAACACACUGUAAUCCCUCCCUAAGUGUCCUUUGUUAACCUCACUAGAAGUCCUAAACAACAAGAGCAUGUGUUCUUAAUAGGGUAAAGCACUGCAUCCAAGCCCUUAUGUAACCCUGUAGCAUUUUUACAUGAAAUCCUGACCUCAUUAGUGUAUAACGGGAAUGUUAGCUGUAGUUCUAAUGAGCAUUAGUGUUAGGUAAAAAAACAAAAAGGCCAAUGUUGAAGAAAGCAUCCUUUUGUACAAAAGACAAAUUACAGCUCAUAAGAUCCAACCUUCGACAACAUCUGACUAGCUCAUCAGACGAGAUCAUCCCUGGAUCAUAAUGUUCAACAAAAAAAUACGGAUAAACACAGUGUCUGAUUAUUUACAUUAUCACUCUAAUAAUCUACAUAAUUUAAGGCUGCAUGCAUCAUUGUGUCAACUUGCCAUUGUAAAUGUUUAUCAGAUUACAUGAUUGGAGUUGACACUCUUUUGAAAUGUUUGUUUUUUUCUGAAAUAGAUUCAUUAAAGGGAGUCCUAGAUUCCACCUUCAGACUCA